UGUGGAAGACUCUGAAGUGCCCUUAGCAUCACGGUAGCAUCAGCAUUAGCACCCGUUGCAAGGCGACCAUGAGAUUGCGGGGUCGAUUGAACCCCCAAAACAUCCAUUCAUUCCCUAUGUAGAUAGGUAGGGUUUCUGGAGGGGCCGUUGUGGGCUGUUUUGGCACAUGCCAUCACUGCCGAGCGGGACAUAUAUAUCCCCCUUAUAGAGUGUGUGUGUCCCCAACAGAUCACCAACGGAUCGUCAGCGACACAUUCUACAGUCAGCCGAUACGACCGAGCGGAGCACCAAUUACAUCCGAGUCCACAGCCUCGUUAUCAGCCCUGCAGCUCGUCGAACAAUCAAUACGGUACCAGUUGAGCAUAGCCAUUCCUAUCCGAGGCACGCGAACGCUGCCCCGGAGGCCACCGCUUCACCAUGUUACCCAAAACACCCGUCAUCACCGUCCUCGGCUCCCUGAACAUCGACCUCGUCUCCUACGUCCCGCACCACCCCCAGCCGGGCGAGACCCUGACAGCAAACGCCUUCGCCGUCUCCCCCGGCGGCAAGGGAGCCAACCAAGCCGUCGCCUGUGCCAAACUUUCCCGCUCCAAGACCUCGCCCACCGACCCGCAAAAUGAGACGGCACAGGUCCGCAUGCUCGGCGCCGUGGGCUCAGACACCUAUGGCGACAUCCUCCGCAAGAACCUCUCCGACCACGGCGUGGACGCGAGCGGCGUCAGCACGCCAGAGGGCCUCAAGACCGGCGUCGCCAUCAUAGUGGUCGACGAGCCCACGGGGCAGAACAGGAUCAUCGUGAGCCCCGAGGCGAACCACUCGCUGCUGCCCGGACAGUUCACGACGCUGCCGGGCCCGCGGCCGGACCUCCUGAUCAUGCAGCUCGAGAUCCCCAUCCCGACGGUGUUGCAGGCGCUCAAGGCGGCGCGGGAGGCUGGCGUCGACGUCCUGCUAAACCCGGCCCCCGCGGUCGCGCUGCCGGACGACGCGCUGCAGGGGCUGGCGCACCUGGUGGUCAAUGAGACGGAAGCGUCGAUACUCGGUGGUGUGCCGGAGUCGGAACUCGACACUGAGGAGGGCCUGGCCAAGGUAUCCAAGGCAUUCCUGGCCAAGGGCGUGAGAAACGUGCUCAUAACGCUGGGCGGAAGAGGUGUGUUUUACUUGAACGACAAGGGAGAGUCGGGGCUUCUGCCCGCCGAGAAAGCCAAGGUAGUCGACACGACGGCGGCCGGAGACACGUUUGUGGGCAGCUAUGCCGUGGAGGUCGUCAUUGCGAAGGCGAGGGGAGAAGAUUGCGAUAUUGCAGCUGCCGUGAGGAAGUCGAACAAGGCCGCUGCAAAGACGGUCGAAAAGCUUGGAGCUUCGGUAUCGAUACCGUGGCGAGACGAAUUGUAGUCGGUAACAGAAACCAUCAAAGAUAUAAUGAAACAAAGACGUCAAACACCAUUAACUCACCCUAGGACAUUGUGCAUUGCCCAGUGACCGCGCCAACCUUCGAUGAUGCCGUUGCUUCAUCCUACAAACACUCAGCAAUUGCGUGGCCCCGUGCCAAUGGUGUUUUAGAAGGUUUUCUAACACAUCAAUUGACCACAUUACGUUUCCACCAAUAUCCUGGAAAGCAAAUUAGAAAAUCGUCACACUCAGCAAACAGUUGAUUGAAAGCUAGCAGCUUAUUAUAGAAUGAAUCCAAUUAUUACAUUGACAA